GAAACACAUGGCUACUUGUUUUUAUUUAGUUGCCAAAAUCAGUAAUCCAAAUUUAUUAUAUUAAUAUAUGAAAAUAUGACUGGAGAGGGUAGAAUCACAUCUACUUCAUCUAAUAAUGAGGAUGAUACAUUGAUUUGCCUGCCUGGAGAGCGCUUGUGUCGCGUGGAGGAUAACAUUAUAGUGGGACAAGGAACCUACGAGCAGGGAGGCUAUAUUUAUGCCUGCAAAUCUGGAAUAGUACAUAUCGAUGAGUCCACGGAAAAGUGCCAAAUUGUAAGUGUGCACAAACCGGGCUUUCAUUUGACCAUACCGGCUACUGGAGAUGUCGUCACAGCACGCGUUCUUGUGACGACACCCAAAUUCGCAAAGUGUGCUAUAUUUUGCGUUGGGAACGUUCUACUCGAGAGUAGUUACCGCGGUCUCCUGCGGAAGGAGGACGUGCGCGAAACUGAAAAAGACCGAGUGGAUAUUUACAAGUCAUUCAAACCCGGCGAUGUCAUAUUGGCGCGUGUUGUCAACCAGAUGGAACAAUCGUUUAUGCUGAGCACAGCAGAAGCAGAACUCGGUGUGGUGGUUGCGUAUGCCAGCGAUAUCCGAAAGAAUCGUAUUCCUAUGGUGCCUAUUGGCUGGGGCGAGAUGCAGUGCCCGCAGACAACGAUUAAGGAGCCAAGAAAGGUGGCAAAAGUACUGCCAGAAAGUUCAAUCAAAUUUGAUAAAUAAAACAUAAUUAAACAUUA